UUCCGGUAUGCGGAGGCUGGAAUUUCAGGUUUCUCUCUAGUGUGUUUCGGGGUAACGGUGACGCGCGUCGCCCUGAUCACCGACUCUUUUCCAUCUUUCCGUCUUCAUUCAUUUGAUUGCAUGCUUUUAGUCUUAGAUAAGUAUGACUGAGAGCGCGGGGAAUAAAAAUGAGGAUUGUCAUGCAGCGAAUGGUGUGAAACCAGGAAGAAAUGGCAUGGUGAAGAACCAUCAUCACCAUCAUCAGUGUCAAAAGCAGGAGGAGGUUUACCAUGCUGCAUGCAAUGGAGCGCUUUACAGCAGGCCGUUCAUCGAGUCCUUUGAGGAAACUCCCAUGCUGGUCGCCGUGCUCACGUACAUGGGCUACGGCAUCCUCACGAUCUUUGGAUAUCUGCGGGAUUUCAUGAGGGAGUGGAAAAUAGAAAAAUGCCACAUAGCCAGAGAAAGGGAGGAGCAGAAGGACUUUGUUCCACUUUAUCAAGAUUUUGAGAAUUUCUACACGAGGAAUUUAUACAUGAGGAUUCGGGACAGCUGGAACAGGCCCAUUUGCAGUGCUCCUGGGGCCACGUUUGACCUCGUUGAGCGCAGUUCCAAUGAUUACAACUGGACCUUUGAGUACACUGGGCGAGUGGUGAAGGAUGUGAUAAACCUUGGCUCGUACAAUUAUCUGGGCUUUGCAGAGAACACAGGCGCCUGUGCCACAGCUGCUGGAGAGGUGACAGUGAAAUUUGGGGUGGGCAUGGCCAGCACCAGACAGGAAAUGGGCAACCUCGACAGGCAUGAAGAGUUGGAGAAACUGGUGGCAUCAUUUCUGGGAGUGGAGUCGGCUAUGGCUUUCGGCAUGGGGUUUGCAACCAACUCCAUGAACAUUCCUGCGUUAGCUGGCAAGGGAUGUUUGAUUCUAAGUGACGAGUUGAACCAUGCCUCUCUGGUACUGGGAGCCCGGCUGUCCACCUCCACCAUCCGGGUUUUUAAACACAAUAAUAUGCAGAGCCUGGAGAAGUUGCUCAGAGACGCUAUCGUUCAUGGCCAGCCUAGAACACAUCAACCCUGGAAGAAAAUCCUCAUUCUUGUGGAGGGCAUCUACAGUAUGGAGGGCUCCAUCAUACGGCUGCCAGAAGUUAUAGCCCUGAAAAAGAAGUACAAGGCCUACCUUUACCUGGACGAGGCUCACAGUAUCGGGGCAUUAGGACCCUACGGUCGAGGGGUGGUGGAUUAUUUUGGACUGGACUCCAAAGAUGUAGACGUCAUGAUGGGCACCUUCACAAAGAGCUUCUGUGCUGCUGGUGGAUACAUAGCAGGGAGGAAGGAUUUGAUAGACUACCUGCGAACUCAUUCUCACAGUGCAAUUUACGCCACCUCUAUGUCGCUUCCUGUCGUGGAGCAAAUCAUCACUUCUAUGAAGUGCAUUAUGGGGAAGGAUGGAACGACAAUAGGCCGUUCACGUAUCCAGCGGUUGGCUGAAAACACAGUCUAUUUCCGUAGGAGACUGCAGGAGAUGGGAUUCAUCAUCUAUGGCAACAAUGACUCACCUGUGGUACCCAUGAUGCUCUACAUGCCCGCCAAAAUUGGGGCGUUCGGUCGGGAGAUGUUGAAGAGAAAUAUUGGAGUAGUGGUGGUGGGCUUCCCAGCCACGCCGAUCAUAGAGUCCAGAGCCCGCUUCUGUAUCUCUGCGGCCCACACCAAGGAAAUGCUGGACAGGGCGCUGGAUGUGAUCAGUGAAGUAGGCGAUCUGCUGCAGCUGAAGUAUUCGCAGCACAAAGUUCUUCCCUCGCUGGACCGGCCCUUUGACGAGACCACAUAUGAGGAGAACGAAGAGUGAAAUAUACUUCCUAUCUGAACCAAAUGUGCACUGCUCAUCUACUGCUCUCCAAAAGGAAGCAGUGAACCACUUAAUAAAUAUAUCUUUUUUUAAACUUAGGUAUAUCAUCUUUAUUUUAAUACAUGAAGCUCUGAACGACCAAACACUGAUACUUUUAGAAAAAGGAAAAAAAGGCUUUCUUUUGUCACUUGCCAGUUUCCUCUACUGCAUUUGUCACCUCAGUUUCAUUUUGACGUGAGGUUUGGGGUCUGUUUUUAACUCGUUGUGGCAUUCGUUUAGGGAAAUAAAUAUUUUGAUUUUUCUCUGCCAGCCACAGGAGGCUUUGAGCUGCUUGUGUUCUUGCUAAAGCCAUAUGUCACUGCAGCCUUCGAAACCAUUUUUGUGUACAAAGACCAUAGAGACAUUUUAUUUUUUCUCUAGUAAGUCAGAACAGACUGGUAGCGAACCCAUAAUUCCGAGGAUCCUGACCUAUGAAAGGAAUUACAGGUUCUUCUUAUUGCAUUGUCAUUACAUUCACUGUGUUGAAAACCUCCACAACUUGGCUCUCUUUUUGUUGUUGUUUCCACAGAUUUUGACUUGCGGCCUGCUCUGGUUUCUUGCUUCAAUCUGGCUAUGGUUUUUCUUUUUACCAGGAUAUUUAUUUUUUCAUUGAGAUACAAAUCAUGGAGGGUGAAGCUGGUUAUGUCUGAGGGAAGUAGAAACAUGCAUACUUAUCAAAUUUUCACCUCUGAGGAAACUUGGAUGAAAUGCAUUAUCUCCAAACCUGCAGCGCAAGUUGUGCGGUAGGAUUCCAAAACCUUGUAGAAACUACAACUUAAAAAGAAUCAUUCAUCCAAAAAUGAAAAUUUGCUUAAAGUUUACUUUCUGAUAGGCCAUCCAAGAUGUAGAUGAGUUUGAGUUUUUGUUUUUUUAAUCGAUUUGAUGAAAUGUAGCAUAUCACCUGCUCACUAAUGGAUCCGCUCCAGUGAAUGGGUGCCGUCACAAUGAGAGUCCAAACAGCUGAUAAAAACAUCACAAUAAUCCACAACCAAUCCUCAUGACUCCAAGUCCAUCAAUGAAUUUCUUAUGAAGUGAAAAGCGGUGUGUUUGUAUGAAAUCCAUCAAGCCAUUUUAACUUUAAACCAUCACUCCCAACUAAAAUAUGAGUCCUCUAUCCAUAACGUUACCUCCAGUGAAAAAGCCCAUUCCCUGUUGUCCUCUCACACCAACUUAUUUUUUAGAACCGUUUUGGAUUGAUUUUGCUUAAAAUCUGCUUAAUCUGUGCAUAUUUUUCAACCUUUUUGAAAUAUUGAAAGCAUUAUUAUGGAUAGAAGAUGCAUAUUUUAGCUGGAAGCAACCAUUUGAAGUUAAAAACAUUUGAACUGACAAUGAAUUUAUUACAAACAUGCAGCUUUUCGAUCCACAAGACAUGAAUUGUGGCUGAGGCUGAGUAAAUUUUCAGCAACUUAAAUUUUUGGAUGAUCUAUUCAGUGACUUGCGACCUCUGAUAACUAUUUUAAUAGUGACUUAUUAGUGUAUGAGUGCAAUGGCAUGAAUAACUAAUAAGUUUGCUCUCUCUAAAGAGUUUUCAUUCUGUAGUUGUAUAAGCUUUGCUCUAUAUUGUUGUCUUAUGAUUUCCAAAGUCUUUUAACACUUUUCAGCAUUCAUAAAAGGAGCUUUAUUUUAUGUAUAUGGUUCUUUAAUGUACAUAUUUAUUUAUUAUUCAAGUUUCAUAUCUUUUAUUGUUUGGAGAAGUGUACUUUUAUCAUCAACGGCAGCUCCAGAUAUCCUCUUAUAUGCACAUGCAUGAUGUGCAUGCUCUCACUGCACAUACUACUGAUGAGUAUUUUUUAUAUAAUUUUAAUAUUCCCAGCAAAGCAUGUGGGAUGUAAUCGCUGAGUCUGCUGGUUUAUGACGUUUUAAAGGUGCUGAACCGUACACUUCUGUUUUGUGGAUUCUGUUGCUUUGGUCCUGUGGGGUAGAACAAGUCUUUUACAACAUCAAAAUCCAGGGAUAUUUCUUUUUAACCAUUUUUAACCUGUGUUCCUUUAUAUGCUACCAGAGAAGUAACUACACAGACUGAGAGAUGUUUUAAAAUAGCAAGAAACAAUCAUAUAUUUUUUUUCUUGAUAAUAUAAAAACUGACAUUUAAGGAAGAUUAAUCCAACUAUGAAGACUUAUUGUUCAUAUAAAACACGUUUUACCAGUACAUUCACUGUAUGUGUUGUAAUAUGACUUGGACUUUGCUGCCUGUAGUGUAUACAGUUUUUAAGACCUUCUUUUCAAUCAAAGUACACUGUGGGCUUCAUCAGUUCAAGAGUUGUUUCACUCCUAAGGAAAUUAAAUUACUUUGACUAAA